AGUAAUAUCAGCAACAGUAGGUAGUGGGGCAUUUUUUGCAGAAAAAGUUUCAUGCCAGCGUGGCUUCGGUGCAGGUUUCAUGUUUUCAAAACACAUGACCACUUACCACGUCAAAAUUGCUUAGUUUGUUCUCAAGGCCCGCUUGCCUCAAGAUCUCGACGAAAUUCAACUCCACGUAAUCGACUCAAAUAUCAACCUUCAAUUUUUAUUAUAUUUUGGUCACUUUUGUGAUUACUGCAACAUACCAUGGCUGAACAGACAUAUGAGUACGAUGUUGCUAUGUCUUGUGAAGGAUGCUCAAAUGCAGUCAACAGAGUACUUGGCAAAUUGUCAGGUAUUUCUAAAGUUGACAUAGAUUUAGCAGCCAAGAAAGUUUUUGUAACUACAACCCUAGAUCAUGAUGUGGUCCUAGAAACAUUGAAAAAGACUGGUAAAACAACUACAUAUGUAGGAGUUAAAAAUUGAUUCAGUUAUAUUUUCACGACUUUUUUAAGUACAUUUUUUACUUACGAAUUUUAUUUAUACAUGUUGAUAAAAAUUAUCAAGUGAUUUAUAAAAAUAUAUUUACAUUCAUAUUUUUUUAACUAAUAAUUCUACGACUGAUAAAUUAUUGUACAAUAUGUUACGAAAAAUAAAUGUAAUAAAUAUUAUGCACAAUUAA